AUGGCCACCCCGCCAUGCCCAUCGGGCCCACGCGCCUCUCUGGCUGCGGGCCUCCUCCUGCUCCUGCUGCUCCGGACCCCCGCCCGGGUCGCGACGAUGGCCCUGGGCCGCGCCGCGCACAAGGGGAACACCCUGCCGGGUCCCGGGGACUGCGGCCAGCGAGGCAUGGAGGGGAGGAUCAUGGGCGGCACGGACGCUCCAGAGGGCAAGUGGCCUUGGCAGGCCAGUCUGCGCUCCGGGGGCUACCACAUCUGUGGCGGGUCCAUCAUCAAUCCGUACUGGAUCCUGACAGCUGCCCACUGCCUUGACAAGAACAGGAACGCCAAGGCCUAUAACGUGUCUGUGGGCGUUGUGAACAUUCACAAUCCCGGGAAAUACACCCAGAGGUUUGGGGUGCACAAGAUCAUCAUACACCCGACCUACCAGAAGCAUCACCCCGUGGGAGGCGACAUUGCCCUGAUGCAGUUGAAAACCAGCAUCGUGUACUCUGAGGCUGUGCUUCCGGUCUGCCUGGCAAGCUCCAAGAUGGUGAUCAGCGGCGUCAACUGCUGGGCCACUGGAUGGGGAUUUACAAGCGGCAAUGAAGACACCUCGCCGAAGCUGCAGGAGGUCCAGCUGCCUCUGAUCCCAACACAGACGUGCCAGCAGAUCUUCGGCCACUCCUCAUAUAUUACACCAGACAUGCUGUGUGCUGGGGACCUCCAGAAUUUCAAGACCGUGUGUGAGGGCGACUCUGGGGGUCCGUUUGUCUGCAAAAUCGACAACAGCUGGGUACAGAUUGGAGUCGUGAGCUGGGGCCGAACUUGUGCAAACCCUACGUACCCUGCAGUUUUCGCCCGCGUCACCCAUUUCUCAGACUGGAUCAAGGAUAAAGUAGAAAAGACACCGCUACCUUUUCAGUCUGUCCCUGCUCUCUCCCCCACUCUGCUCCUCAACUCCCUGAGCCCCUGA